AAUUAAUUCUAACCUUAUGCAUGCAUCAAUUCAAGAGGCAAUAAAUUCAGCAACCAGGCUGAAGAAACGUACUUGCAAUUGCAUUACUACACUUCACUUUUCAUAUUUUCAGCGUUCUCUUCUUCUUUUGCAAAAAGUAGUCGCCAUGUUGGAAUUCAAUUCGAUCACGAGUAACAAAUUUUCUACCUCUCUAUUGCUCGUUUUCAUGGCACUAAUCACUUCAACAUUCUUCAUGAUACUGAUGCAUUUUGUGUCGCUUAAACGUCAACAAAAGGUUUUCUUGGUAGAUUUUGCUUGUUACAAACCUAGCCCGAGUGAGUCAAUCAGUAAAGAUACGACAAGUCAACGUGCUAAACUCACUGGAUUCCACACCGAUGAAACCAUCCAAUUCAUGAGGAUGUUGAUGGACAAAGCCGGAUUGAGUGACUUCACUUACCUGCCGGAGAAUCUGACUCGGGUUCCGUACGAGAUGUCGUUGGUAUCGGCCCGCCGUGAGACGGAAAAGGUUAUGUUCGGAGCCAUUGAUGAGCUAUUAGCAAAGACGAAAGUACAAGUACAAGAUAUCGGGAUUUUGAUUGUUAAUUGCUCUCUGUUUCAAGAGGUUCCUUCUUUUACAAGUGCCAUUGUGAAUCAUUACAAGUUGAGGGACACCAUUGCGAGUUAUAGCCUUGGUGGCAUGGGAUGCAGUUGUGGUCUUGUGGCAAUCGGUCUUGUGAAGCAGCUUCUUAAGGUUCAUCCCAACACUAAUGCAAUAGUAGUAAGUACAGAAAACAUAUCAGGUCAAUAUUACAGAGGCAACGACCGAUCUAAGGUGGUAGUCAACGGCCUAUUCCGACUCGGGGGAGCCGCGAUCCUGCUAUCAAACAAGCCGUCGGAUCAGAAAACAUCAAAAUACCAGCUAAUCCACACCGUCCAAACGCACACCGCAAGCUCCGACACAUCCUACAGGUGCAUAUUCCAGGAAGAAGACGACUCCGGUCUGGUGGGAGUCACCAUUAACAAAGAUCUCUUAGUCUCCGCGGCAGAGGUUAUUAAACUGAACUUAACCUCACUUGGACCCUUAAUUCUUCCAUUGUCCGAACAAUAUCUCUUCCUGAAAAACGUCAUUGCGAGAAAAAUACUCAAAUCCCGAAAUGUGGAGAAAUUUAUCCCGAAUUUCAGCAAAGGGAUUGAUCAUUUCUUCCCGCAUGUGGGCGGGAAGCCGGUGUUGGAUGACUUGCAGAAUAAGUUGGGAUUCAGUGAUUUGGCAAUGGAAGCUUCCAGGAUGACACUUUACCGGUUCGGCAACACUUCGAGUAGUUCGGUUUGGUAUGCACUGGCUUAUGCUGAGGCAAAAGGACGGAUUAAGAAAGGUGAUUUAUUGUGGCAGAUGGCUUUUGGUUCUGGAUUCAAAUGUAGUAGUGUGAUUUGGCGGGCAAAUAAGCUCGUGGAGUUUGAGGAAUCCAAUCCUUGGAGUGACGAAAUACAUCAAUAUCCUCAAAAUUUGGAUGACAUUCAAGCCAUAACUCAAGAAGAAUACUACCUUGAGCCAACCAAAUGAAAAAUAUUGGAGUACUACUACUAUGCAUAAUGCAUCAGAGAGCCAACCAAUUAGGAUUUCCGGUCUCUCUUUUCUUUCUUUUUUUUUUUCUAAAAAACUAUGUAUUGUUUGUGUGCAUCAGAGGGUAGAAAAUAAUGAGACGUGAGAAUAUCUUUUAGCAUCACAUAUAAUAUAAUGUAAUGUUUUGAAUGAUCAAUAAAAACUAGUACAUUUAUUUAGGUACACAAUUGAAAAGUGUUACAUGUUUGC